AUGAUCAGAGUUAAAAUUCCAUCUUACUUGAUCGAGGAAAAUAAAAAUAAUAAUGAUAUAAUAAAUAAUAUUGGUAAUAAUAUUAAUAAUGGAAUCAAUAAUAAUAACAACAAUAAUAAUAAUAAUAACAAUAACAAUAAAAAUAAUUUAGACUGUAAUUCAAUGCCUGCAUCAAUCGUUUUAACUCAUUUUUGCGAAACCUAUGGACCCUCUGUUGUAUUUACCACUCAAACUGAAAGAAUUAUAGCACCACCCCCACCACAACAAAAACAAAAUAUAGAUGACAAUGAAGAUGACGAUGAUGAUGAUAUUAAUAAUAGCAAACGUAGUAGCAUAAAUAAUAGUAUAGAUAUAUCAAAUUUAAAAAUUAAUAGCAAUAGAAAUAGUAUACCAAAUGAAAAUGGUGUAGAAAAGCCAUUUAGCGACUACAAUUACGAAACUGAUGAUGAAGAUAAUAGCUCAACAAUGAAUAAUAGUAACAAUGUAAAUCAUUUAAAUAAUAUAAAUAUCAAUAUGAAUAAUAAUUCACCCACUACAUUACCAAGAUUAUUUGAAAAUGAAAAUGAAGAGUUUAAAACAUUUUCAGUAACCAUUGCAACUAGCAGUAAUAGUGGUGAUGGUGAUGAUACAAAUAGCGAAUCAAAAUUUAUUUCAUCAAUGAACCCAGUUAACGGUGCCUCAUCUAAAUCAAUGUUAAGCUCAUCUGGAAGUGUCUCAUUCUCUGAUAAUGAAUCGGUUUGGUUCAGUAAUAGUUUAGGUGGCAGUUCAUGUGGUUUCAAUCCAUGUUUUAAUCCAUGCAGUGGUGGUAACAGUAACAUUAUUAAUAUUGAUAUUGAUAUUGGUCAUCGUCGUAGAAGAUGCUGUUAA